CAAGUUUAUCGGUGUGCAAAAUGAAGAGGUCUGCAUCCAAUCCGAAAGAUGCAGUCCCCGAUAAAGUACCGGCAAAUAGCGGGGAGGUCAACAAUCACACAGAACAGAACGAUAUCGUCCUGGAUAGCGGCAACAAUUCCGGCAAUUCGGAAACCGGUUGCAAUCAGCACAGCAAAGAAGAGGAACCCCCGCAAAUACCGGCUGUGGUGGUGGAUGAGGAGGAGGAGCAGGAGCAGAAGCAAGAGAUUUUGACGUCAUGCGUGGGAGGGGACCAAAAAGUUUGUCUGGAUGCCAGCACCUGUGGAUGCCCUCAACUGGAGGCGGAAGCGGUGCUGGACAACCGCCAGCUUCUGGCAUUCCAAGUGCGUAGUCGGGACAUUGACUGGCGCCAAUAUGUCCAGCCGCUGGACACGCGCAUCCGCUCUGGCGGAGUGUACCUGGACAAGCAGGCAGACUUUGUCAGCAAUCAUCGACGUGCUGUCGACGACCAGAACAGGCGCGAGCUGCUCGUCUGCCACGACAUGAUGGGCAACUACCUGGAGGAUCGCCACUUCCACAGCUCGGAGAAGUACGAUGACUAUCGCUUUCUCCACUGGUCAGCAGUGGACUACUUCUGCUACUUCAGCCAUAAGUACGUGACCAUUCCGCCCAGCGGCUGGCUGAACGCCGCCCAUCGACAUGGCGUUCCCGUUCUAGGUACCUACAUUGUGGAGGCAGAUAGCCUUCUCGUCGAGGUCCUGGCCAGCGAGGAGAGCGUGGACCGAACCGUGGCCGCCUUGACCCGUCUCUGUCUCCACUUCGGCUUCGAGGGCUGGCUGGUGAACGUCGAAGUGACUGUACCGCAGACAAGCAUGCCCAAUCUGCAUCGAUUUGUCCGAGAGCUGCGCUCUGCCACUGAGUCGCAGGUGCCGCAUGGUCGUGUCUUUUGGUACGACAGCGUGAUCGAAACCGGAGCGUUGCUUUGGCAGAACGAGCUGAACGCACGGAACGUGGACUUCUUCCGGAUCAGCGACGCCAUGCUGAUCAACUAUGCCUGGAACGAUGGCCACCUGGAGCGCAGUGCCAGCCUGGCCAGGCAGGAGGGUUCGCCCCAGCAUCGAGUGUUCAUGGGGCUGGAUGUUUUCGGGCGGAGUCGGAAGGGCGGCUUCCAGAGCCUGGACACGAUGGAGCGGAUUGCCCAGAACGGUUUCUCGGCGGGUAUCUUUGCGCCCGCCUGGUCCUUCGAGACGCUGCGAAACUGGCAAGGCUACGACAUUAGCAAGGCGAACGGCGACGAGGAGGUGAAUGCCGCCUUUCUGAGCAGAAACGAGUCCUGGUGGGCCCGCCUCUGGCCCCUGCUGGCCACCCACCCGUACCAGGCGCUGCCAUUCUACACGGACUUCUGCGUGGGGUCAGGCCAGGCCAGCUUUGUGCGCGGGUCGCGUGAUGCUUCGGCGACGGGCCGACCCUUCUUUAACCUCUCCCGCCAAUCGCUGCAGCCGUCGGUGCCCCUGGACAAGAAUGCCCGGCACUGUUUCCACACGGCCUUCACGGGCGGCAGUUCUCUGGAGGUGAUCAACUACGAGCGUGCCUUCAGGCUCUUCGUCACAGACUUCGUCCUGCCACGGGGUGUGUUGCUGCUGGGCUAUGCCUACCGCAUGGAUGAUGCCAGCAGGGAUCACACCUUUGAUGUGGUCGUGAGGCUCUCGCCCUUCCAACGGCAUAGCCAGGAUUUGUACUUGUUCUGCGGCUCCUACAACACUAACAUUGUGGCUCCGCAUCUUUGCUACAUAUCCCCAAUGGACGAUCCGCUGCCCUCCGGCCUGGCCCCCGUACAACUGCGUCAGAGUUCCGGUCUGCUGGGUGACGGCUGGCGAGUGCGCUACUAUAUGGCUCGGUUCGAUGGACCCGUCGUGGUGAAGGACAUUGGACUGAAGUGCCGGCGAUCGUUGGCGUCCACAUCGGACGCCUAUCUGGGGGCCAUCUAUGUGCAGGGCCUGUUCCAGGAGGAUUGGAUGGCCACGCAAUCCAGCCAGAAGGCUAGCAUCGAUGUUUAUGGCCGCCAGUUAUGGGAGAACCUAACCUAAAGUAACUAACCAUGCUCCCCUCCAUCCUUAACCCCUGUAUAGCUCUUUGUCUUUCUCUUUCUGGCUAACCUCGUGCCUGCCUUCACAGGUGAAACCUUUUCCACCACGAGCAUCUUCUAUCGUUGGAUCACAACUCCUGGCUCAUGGCUCUGUUUCUCCUUUUUUUUAACAUUUCUAUGCACAAGUGAGUCUGCUGUAAAUACUGCUUUUUUUCUAUGACACAUAGGCAUCUUUUAUGCACAGCUGUAUAAUAUUUGCUUUAACCAGAAAUAUUUUAUUAGACAUACCGCUGCAAGAGAACGCUUUUUAGUCAUUCAAAGUAACAAAGUGACAUAUGUAUGUACAUCUAUAAAAUAAAUAACUAACGUAAAUAAAAU